UGGUAAUCCCAAGCUACAAAAGCUCCAAUACAAAUAUGGAUAAUCCUAAUUUAAAAAGAAGAGUUUCAAUAUUAAAAAAGCAAACUACAAAUGAAGAAUCCAGUCCAACCGAAAGUGUAACAUUUAAAAGUAAAAGAAAAAUUAGUUUUUCCGGAAAAAAUUCAAUUAAGGAAUUUCGUCCUGGAGAGCACGCUAUAACAAUUUGGGAAACAUCUUAUGAAGAAUCAGCAAAUUCAUCUUCAUCAAAAGCUAACAAUCAAUGUGGAAAAAAUUUAUUUAAAGAUAAUAGCAUUCAAUGGAAUUUAUAUCAGGAUUACGAAUUCAAACAAAAUUUCAUAGCUCAACCAAUUCUAGGAACAGAUGAUAAGGAAAAUUCAAUGUAUAAUGAUAUAAAACACGGAAGGUGCAAAGGCACAAGACCUUUACAAGAUAAAAUAUGUGAAGAUGGAAAUAUGUCUUCAAUAUAUAAAACAAGGCAAAAUCAAAUAAAUGCCGAAGAUUUUUCGUUUAAAGAAUUUGACAAAAGAUUAAACUUUACACUUAACCGGUCAGAACAGAAUAUUUUAGGAAGUUCAAAUGUAGAAGUAGAAGAUGGAAGCUCCAUAACUUUAGAAGCUACAGAAUUUGAUAAUAUUGUGAAAUGUUUGAGAAAAAAAUCACCAAGAAAACGUUUUGGAGAAUCUUCAUUAGCGGCUGAAAAUUCAUAUUUGAACAACACUGAUAUUGAUAUGUCUGUCGACAAAAUGAAUACAACUGAGGGAUUUUUGAAAAUUGAAAUGAUGAUCGAAAAGUCUGCAAGUAAAAGUUUUGGUAGAAUGUCAAUGAUGCAUGAUAAAUCAGAAAAUUAUAAUCAGCAAAAAACAAAAUUUACAGAUAUUUUAAAUAACAAUGAUUUUAAUUUGGUGCAAAAUGAAAAUCGUGAAACCAACAUUGUUAAUAAUACAGAAAAUUCUGUUUCCAGUAAGGAAUUCAUCACCCUUUCAAGUAGUACAAACAAAAUGAAAAAUUACAAUAACAAGAAAUCUGGAAGCGAUAAAAUUGUAGAAAAUAAUACUCUUAGUACCACAAGCAAUAAUACACAGAUAAUUGAUACAAACUUAGAUGUUUGUGAGUUCGAUUCUCCAGACAUUUACCCAAAAACUGGUUUAAAAAUUAUGCAAAGCCGUAAAACGAUUUUCUAUAAUGAAAAAAUUGAAGAGGAUGUCAUACCUGUUGCAGAAAAAAUGGAGCUAGAAAAAACAUAUUUAAGUAAUAUUAUUGUUGAUAAAAAUCAGUCCAAACUUAUUGAGAAAAGGAAGACAAUAAUUUUUAAUCAAAACUGCCAAAUGGAUAAUUCUUUUUUUGAAUGUCCGACAAAACUAGAAAAAGGCAAAAUUCGUCCAACGUUACUUUUCAAUGAUGAAAUGGAAUUUUGUAUUUCGCCGUAUAAACCGCAAAGCGUCAAGAAGGUUGUGAACGACGUAGAAUUAAAUAGUGAACAGGAUACUGUAUAUCCUAAUGAAGGCAUUGUAACUACUGGUGAACAAGAAAAGUCAAGGUUGAAUAAAUAUGCUGAAAAUUUUGAGCUUGAUGCUGAACAAACUAAUGGUCAUGAAACACUGAUUUUAGAUGAUGAAAUGGGUUUCGAUACCUUGAUUCCAAAACCGCAGACAUUAAAUGCACCUUUUUUGCAUAUAAAAUCGAAUAAUGAGCAAGAAGCUUAUUCCAAUGCUAUGGAAAUGGACAGAGAAAGAAUCGUUUCAAGUGCCGAACCUUCAGUUCUCACUAUUAAGAACAAUACAGGUAAAACAAAAAAUUUUGCAGCUCAAAAUUCAAAUUUAGAACAUUCUGAAAUCAAUUUGGAUGUAUCCAACUCCCAUAUAAAACCACAGAAAACUAAAUGUCGACAGACGUUGUUUUUCAAUGAUGAAAUGGAAUACGAUUGUAAAACCAGAUUAUGA